UUUGAUAAUUAUUGUCAUGGCUAAUUGCUUCUGUCUUAAUUUCUAUUCUUAUAAUUAUUUGUAAUAAAUUAAACUACAUAUACUAAUGUUAUCGAUAACAAUAUCGACAUUUCACCAUCUCAAUAACUUACGCGGGCAUCCAGUAAAUAUUUACUUUUAAUUAAAAAAAAGUUAAAUUUAAUUUGAAUAUUUUUAAACGUUGGAAGAACAUGUCUACUUGUAAAAUUAAAGAAAUUAGUGGCGACUUAUUCAGCGCGAAUGAGAAAUAUUCCAUGGCGCAUUGUGUAGCUGCCGAUAUGAGACUUGGCAAAGGUAUUGCCGUAAAAUUUAGAAACAAAUUCGGUCAAAUACCUAAGCUAAAGCAACAAAAUGUCAAGCCUGGCGGCGUAGCAAUUUUGCAGGACAAGUCGCGUUUCAUUUAUUAUUUGGUGACCAAACAGAGUAGUUGGGGUAAACCUACUUAUCAAACACUACACGAUUCACUACAGGCAAUGAAAACACAUAUGCUCAAAAAUGACGUUUAUAAAUUGGCUAUACCACGCAUUGGCUGUGGUCUAGAUGGUCUGGUUUGGCAAAAAGUUAAAGAUUUAUUGCAAGAAGUCUUCAAGAAUACGCCAAUUGAAAUAAUUGUUUAUAAUUAUGUGCCGUAAAAUGUUAAGUGUUCUGUAGUAUCUUGUAAAUGUACAAAUAUUAAUAUAACUUAUUUAUUAAAUCAAA